GGCUAACUUUAGCCUCACAUGGUCUGUUUAAGCCUUUCUGGGUUUGUGGCGUGUCAAAGUAGAUUUACCUUCAAUAACCAUUUAUUAAAUCUCUCUCCAUUAAACUCUGCCGGCUGCAUUAAGCCUGAUUAUACCCAGCAGAGGAAAAAGGUCUAUGUGUCAAGUGUGUCAUUGAGUGAUUUAUGUCCCUGGCUGCAACUGCUGUCUUGUCAUUUGGGGAGUUGAGCUGCAGAUAGGAGACGGUGUUAAGUUUCUGAAUGUGAAUCCAGUCCAGAACCUGCUGUGAUGAGCUCUGCAGUGGGUUUUCAGUGUUGAUGAUUUUCUUGAACUCUGACCUGUGGCUGUUAUCCAAGGAUCCAUUUCUUCUAAAUCAGUCCAAUCUGCUUCUGUGAAGCAUAAUCUCAGUAGUCAACAUGGACACCAGGGGCUCUGGUGGCACCUUUAAACGGUCCUCUCUUAAACGCACAUCAUCUGGCUCUCAGAAGGCACAGAAAGUGUGGAUCGAGAAGACCUUUCUGAAAAGAGAAUGUAUCCACAUAUUUCCCACUAAGGACCCCACCAGAUGUGCCUGCGGUCAGCUGAUAUCACAGCAUGUGGCCAUUCCUCCUGAUAUGACCCACAAUUCCACAGAGGACAACCAGCUGCUGCAGGUGGACACAUCCAGGGAUAAGUGGAGUGUCCUCAAAAACACAAAGACAUCUCCAACCGACGCCUUUGGUAUCAUCGAGUUCCAGGGUGGUGGAUUCAUCAACAAGGCCAUGUAUAUCCGCGUUUCCUAUGACACCAAGCCUGAAAGCCUGUUGCAUUUAAUGGUGAAGGACUGGCAGUUAGAGCUGCCCACUUUGCUCAUUUCUGUGCACGGAGGCCUCCAGAACUUUGACCUCCAGCCCAAACUCAAGCAAGUUUUUGGCAAAGGCCUAAUCAAAGCUGCAGUCACCACAGGAGCUUGGAUAUUCACCGGAGGAGUCAACACCGGAGUGAUACGUCAUGUUGGCGACGCCCUAAAGGACCAUUCCUCCAAGUCACGAGGGAAAGUGUGUGCAAUCGGAAUUGCGCCAUGGGGCAUCCUGGAAAACAAAGAGGACCUUAUUGGGAAAGAAAUAACCAGACCUUAUCAAGCUAUGGCUAACCCACUGAGCAAGCUGGCUGUUCUCAACAACAGCCACUCCCACUUCAUCUUGACUGACAAUGGCACAUGCGGGAAGUAUGGCUCCGAGGUCAAACUCCGCCGAUUGUUGGAGAAACACAUCUCUCUGCAGAAGAUCAACACUCGCUUGGGGCAGGGCGUCCCACUGGUGUGCCUGAUAGUUGAGGGAGGUCCCAAUGUCAUCUCUAUUGCACUGGAGAGUCUGAGAGAUGAACCUCCAAUCCCUGUGGUGGUGUGCGAUGGCAGUGGCCGCGCGUCUGACAUCAUUUCCUUUGCACACAAGUUCUCAGAGGAUGGAGGUCUGGUCAAUGACGACGUCAGAGACCAACUUCUGGUGACCAUUCAGAAGACCUUCAAUUAUAGCAAAAGCCAGUCUCAGCAGAUCCUGCUCAUAAUUAUGGAAUGCAUGAAGAAAAGAGAACUGGUAAGUAGAAGAGUAAACUGAAUAAAAAUAUCACAAACAAUGACGGUAAUAAAAAAGUGUUUCACCUCAAUAAAUAAACCCUGAGCUGUGUUGCAUUUGUUCUCUGUUGUCAUCCCUCCAUUCUUCUCAUCUGUGUGUUCCCAUUAAUGUAUUGAAUAAACAUAAUCCUCACAACCUGCUUGUCAUUUCUCCUUGUGGUCAUGUGUGUCACAUCAUAUAAUCCACAGCAGCAUCAUAACACUGCAGGUUAGACACCAUCACAAAUUAUGAUUAUUUUUGCAAUAAAAAAAUUAAAAACUGAAGUUGGAAGCCAGACGGCAGAGUGCUUCCCAAAAGUGUUUGCAGGGGAGCUCGAUACGUACAUAGCAGCAACAUUUUGUACAUCUUCAGCGGAUUCAUUUCCUCCUAAGUGGUGUAAUAAGUAGUUUGCAAUGUAAAGCGCACAUAAUCUGCAGACGUCGUACAUUUAAGUGGGGAAUAUUUCAGCACAAGCUACACCUGCUUAAGCAGAGGCUUCAUUCAUUCACAGCAGCAAGCAGAUGGAGGAGAGGAUCCAUCUCACUAAUCCCUCCAUUCUCCAAGCUUUUUCAGC